CAAACAUGCCUUUAGACAUAAACACUUUCUUGGAGAGAUCAAAAUUAACUCGUCAAUUUCAGAGAAGGGACACAAUGCUGACACACCACUUCUUUGUAACGACACGAGUCCACUGCUUAAUGUUUAAUAAUUAAUUACAUAUUUAAAAUUAAUUAAUAUUUUAUUUAUUAAAUCAAUAUUAAUUAAAAAUAAAGAAAGGACGAUAAUGCUGCUCAUAGAUUUAUAAGCAUGCCUACCUUCCAUGGUCUCAGCUCACUCCACUCUCUCUCUCCCAUGGCGACCCGUCUCUGCAACUCCAACUCUUUACUCUCUCUAACUAUCGUCUUCUUCUUAUUUGCACUUCCUUCGAAAGCCCUAACCCAGUUCACCGAUCCGACGGCCAAGACCUUUAUAUUCCGCAUCGACAGGAACGCCAAGCCGUCCAUCUUCCCCACCCACUACCACUGGUACAGCUCCGAGUUUGCCGACCCAGCUCGUAUACUUCACGUCUACGACAACGUCUUCCAUGGCUUCUCAGCCGUUCUCACUCCCGCCCAGGCUGCUUCCGUCGUGCAGCACGAGUCGGUGCUCGCCGUCUUGGAGGACCGCCGCCGGGAGCUCCACACCACGCGCUCGCCGCAGUUCCUGGGUCUGAGGAACCAGCGCGGUCUCUGGUCGGAAUCCGACUACGGCUCAGACGUCAUCAUCGGCAUCUUCGAUACCGGAAUCUGGCCGGAGCGACGGAGCUUCUUAGAUCGGCGUCUUGGCGAGAUCCCCAGUCGGUGGAAAGGCAUCUGCCAGACCGGAGAUCGGUUCUCUGCGUUGAACUGUAAUCGGAAGGUGAUCGGCGCUAGGUUUUUCGUGAAAGGUCACGAAGCGGCGGCAAGGGCGGCGGGGCUCUCGGGAAUGAACCAGACCGUUGAGUUUCGGUCUCCGAGAGACGCCGACGGUCACGGAACUCACACGGCUUCCACCGCCGCCGGUCGGUACGUCUUUGGGGCGAGCAUGGCCGGAUAUGCUUCUGGAAUUGCCAAAGGUGUAGCUCCGAAAGGUCGAUUGGCUGUGUACAAGGUGUGCUGGAAGGGCUCUGGUUGCUACGAUUCCGAUAUUCUCGCGGCGUUCGACGCCGCAGUUUCAGACGGCGUCGAUGUCAUAUCGAUCUCAAUUGGAGGCGGCGACGGCAUCUCGACGCCGUAUUAUCUCGAUCCGAUCGCAAUCGGAUCUUACGGUGCUGUGUCCAGGGGAGUUUUUGUGUCCUCGUCGGGUGGGAACGAUGGACCUAAUGUAAUGUCGGUGACAAACCUGGCGCCGUGGCUCACCACCGUCGGAGCUGGCACUAUUGAUCGGAACUUCCCCGCCUACGUCGUUCUCGGCGACGGACGGAGAUUAUCUGGUGUGUCGCUGUAUUCGGGACGGCCUUUGAACGGGAAAAUGUUUCCUCUGGUUUAUCCCGGCAAGUCGGGGGUACUUGCUGCUUCACUCUGUAUGGAGAACUCGCUCGAUUCUAACAUUGUGGAGGGGAAGAUAGUGAUUUGUGAUCGCGGAAACAAUCCUCGAGUCGCGAAGGGACUGGUCGUGAAGAAGGCCGGAGGUGUCGGCAUGAUCCUGGCCAACGCAGCCUCCAGCGGCGAAGGCCUAGUCGGGGAUGCACACCUUCUCCCCGCCUGUGGCAUCGGUGCAGAAGAAGGCGACGCAAUAAAAGCUUACUUGUCGACCGCUGGCGCCACUGGUACAAUCGAUUUCAGAGGUACUGUAAUCGGAAUUAAGCCGGCGCCGGUCGUUGCUUCGUUCUCCGCCCGUGGACCCAACGGCUUGAAUCCCGAGAUACUAAAGCCCGACCUGAUAGCUCCCGGAGUUAACAUUCUCGCUGGCUGGACCGACGCUGUCGGUCCCACCGGCUUGGACACCGAUCCCCGGAAAACAGAGUUCAACAUUUUGUCCGGAACAUCAAUGGCGUGCCCGCACGUCAGCGGUGCGGCAGCUCUGCUAAAAUCUGCGCAUCCCGAUUGGUCCCCGGCAAUGAUUAGAUCCGCCAUGAUGACGACGGCGAACACAAUUAACAACCAGCUCAAGCUUAUGACCGAUGAAGCGACGGGGAAACCAUCUACUCCGUACGAUUUCGGUGCCGGCCAUCUCAAUCUGGAUGGCGCCCUCAAUCCGGGACUGGUCUACGAUAUCUCGAAUGACGAUUACGUGAGAUUCCUGUGCGCGAUUGGGUACGACCCUAAGUCGAUUCAAGUGAUUACUCGCACGCCGGUGAAUUGUCCGAAACGAAAGGCGUCGCCGGAGAACUUGAAUUACCCCUCGAUGGUCGCGCUGAUUCCGACCACAAAAAUUGGGGUAACGAAGAAGACGUUCGUUCGGACGGUGACGAACGUCGAUACGGAUCCAAACGCGGUUUAUUCGGCGAAAAUACUGUCUCCGUCGAGAGGCGUAACGGUGGCGGUGAGGCCGGCCAAGCUGGUAUUCACCCCGGCGAUCAAGAAACGAAGUUUCGUGGUGACUGUGACUGCAGACGGCCGGAACAUGGUGGUCGAUGAGUCGGGUGCGGUAUUCGGGUCACUGAUGUGGUCGGAUGCGAAAAAUCACACGGUUCGGAGCCCCAUAGUAGUGACUCAAGCGGACCCUCUUUAGUCCGAAGCGGAUCGUUCGGGUGUGACCCGUAGGGGGUGCGCUAGUCGGAGCAUAGAUAUUUUGUAGAACCGUGGCUGUUUGGUUUAUCGGACUGGGGUGUCCCCAGGGAGGAUAGGUGUAGGACCCUGCACUGGUUUUGGAAGUGUAGAACUGUUUCCUUUUUGUUCUUUUGUUUUUGUUUUUGGUUUUGACAGCCGACUUCGUCUAGUCUUUUUUUUUUUUUUUUUUUUCUUAUGUUAUAUUUAUAGAUGCCUUUAUAUCCUAAA